AUGGCCUCGCCCUCGAGUGGGCAUCGUCCUUCCCUGGAGAGAUUGGAAACCAAGGCCGUCGAAGAGGACGCGCGCAGAAAAUCAACUCGCCAGCUUUGGCGGCAGCUUUUUGAGGAGGUGACCGAAUGGUUCCGUGGCCGAGGAGAGGAGCUGAUCUAUGCGAAGCUUGACGACCAGCUUACCGAGUUUCUGCGCGAGAAAUAUUUCGAAGGGAAGCUCCGGAGCUAUGCCGUGAAUGUGAUUCGUGCAGUGAAGUUCGAGGUACCUGCAGAAAUGGGGCGUGACAGCCUCGGGCGGGCCAGAAAUGCUGUUGCCCGUUGGGAUGAUACUCCUUUUCUCGAGCCGGACACUAGCAAGGUUCGGGCGGCUGGCCUCCAAGCGAUGGGCACGGCGGCAGUAUGCAGUGGCCUCGGAGAAAUGCUUGGCCUUGAUCCGCUGCUUCAACUGCGGGGAUCUUCCAGAAGUAUGCCGGCGGCAGUGGACAGUGCCCUCCAUCGCGUCUUCAAGGACUACUUCCGGCACAUCAGUGCUGAAGACUGGCGCGGAUGCAAGCCUUUGCGGCAGGACCUGCAGAACUUCCUCGGACAGUGGAUGGUUCUGCCAGGCGAGGAAGACAGGGAAGGAGGCACUUUUCCAGACCAUCCGGCCAUGCGGUUGGUCAUUCGCCACUCCCCGGCUUUGUUUCAGCUGGAGAUGGCAGGGUCGGCAGCCUUCCAGAUGGAAGGGAGUUUGGCGCUCCUCGGGCACGAUCUGCUGCAGCUAAAUUUGGACACCGUGGGCCUGUGGUUCAGGACUCCUGGCUCCACGGACGUGCAACUCCUGCAAGAGAACAACUUGAAGCAGAGCUUCGGGAAUGGCUGCGCGACAGAAAUUGCUGCACUUGGCCAGAAGCUGCGGCGGUCUUUGGACCCUCGGCAAGCCAUUGACGCUGCACAGCUGCUGAACCCUGGCACUUUGUCCACCCUGUCAAUGCUAUUCCCGGAUGCCAAGUACGAUGUGGCUUUGGUCCAAGAUACAUUUCAACACUACGACCUGCAAGCGCCCUAUGCUCUGGAGGAUACGAAUUUUCUGGAGAAAAUCCGGGGCAGCCCCCGCGAUUGCUACCUGUCAUACACGUUGAAAAGCAACGGCAGAAUCUGCUCAUGUCAUCACCUUCUCAAGACCCAGGAGCAUUUGGAGGCAACUCGAGUGGAGUUCUACGAGGCACAGCUGCGGGAGGCCCUGGCCACUGGUUCCAAUGCGCGGCCCACUGCACUCGUGCUUGACUUCUUCAACGGUGGUCAGAUCCACGCGCCGCAAGCUGAUGAGGGCGAUGAGGUCAGAGGUCCAGGCGGACGUCGCCUCCAAAAACGACUGAGAGAUGCUGUUGAGAAGGGGUACAUGGACCACAGUGUCAACCGACAUAGAACUUGGAUAUUGCUCGACGGCCACCACAAAGUGGAGGCAGCCGUGCGCUUGUGUUGUUCCUUGAACUUCCUGGUGUUUUGUCCCUGCGCGGAGCCGUACGAGCCGCUAAGUGACGGGGAGUUUUCGCCGAUCCUGGCCAAAGCUGCCACUUUCCCUCACGUUGCGCCAAGCCAAAGCAGUCCGAUUGCAGAGUGGGAGGUGGCGCGCCAUUGCUCCUGCGUGGCGAUGAGACUUAGCAGCUCGCGACAGCUUUCCGAGGCCUGGAUAUGCAGACAAGGUUGCAUCUGCUUCGAGGAGGACAGCGGAUUUCCUCCCUGGGUCUACGGCAUGCUGAGGAUGAUGAACAGCAGCGGCAGAAGUUCACCGAGUUCGAGAAGUAUGUUGAUGGAACGUUGCAGAAGACGUUUCGGAGAGGAAAGUGAGCUGUUCACAACCUAUCGCAGUGCAAACAUGGCAGCACUGCCGGACAGCCUGAGUCUGCAAGUGGUGGAGGACGAGCUUGUUGCACAAGGCUACAUGCUUCGAGCAUGCCGGGAGGUGGCGCCAGACUACAAAAACGAUACCUCACCAUGCCUGUGGCAAAGCCCUACUCCGCCUAGCCAGCAAGCCAUCGACACCUACGAGGUUUGGAAAGAAGGCUUUUUCUACGCAUGCGAGCAGAGCGUGGCUCGACACAGCGAUGCCUUAGCCGACGAACUGGCCGGCAGGCUACGAAGCCUCAGCCGCGAGGAGCAGAACCUGACGCUUAUCGCGGACGAGGUCUGCAAGACGACGGCCGCAUGCGGACAAAAGAACAAGGCAGAAGUGUUGCCCGCAAAGGAAGGAGGAAUUGCAGCUGCCCCAAAGAAGCCGGGCAAGGAAAAAGCUGGCAAGGGAAAGGCUGCGAAGAAGGAGCUGUGA